AAAAUGCACGCCCGUCGAGCGAGACUUGACCGUGUCGUCGGACGAGGUCGACUGCUUGCGAGGGACAGACACGGACACCCUCUCAGCACUGGCUCCCUCUGCCUCCGAAGACGAUGACGACGACGAGGAGGAGGCCGACGACGAGGCAUGGGGUGAGACCAGAGCAAAGGAAGACGCCGCCGCCGACGAGACCGGACUGUCGUGCAUGAUUUUGUGCUCGAGGAGAGUCGACGAUUUGCGGGGGACGACGACAACUGGCGAGUCAUAGUGCAGGGCGGCUGGCUUGGGGAGGACGCGGUCGUACGACAUGAAUGGUAGAAUUGACUUGUUGACUUGAUGGCAAUACUAAGAUGAUAAUAGUAAUAGUAAGAAGGCCAAGGAGAAGGAGAAGGAGAAGUUGGCGGGAGGUGGUGAGAAUGAGGAAUGAGAAGGUACGAGGACAAACAAUAUUUAUCACCCUCUCUCUCUACACACUUUCUCUCUCUCUCUUUCUCACACUCUAUCUCUUUCUACUUUCUUUUCUCUCCCCCCCUCCCCUCUCUCUCUCUCUUUAUCUUCCAUGGCUAGCAAUCAAAUACGGCCGUCAAGCCCUUUGUUGUCCUGCUGCUGCUGCUGAACCGAAACCUCCUCUUCCCCCUCCCCCCCCAGGCCGUCCAGACCAGACCAUAUUUUUUUUUUCUUUGUCUUGCACCGGGCCAGGCAGGAAAAGAGCCCAACUGGGGGCAAACAACAAUCACAGACUCACCCUGCUUAGCUGGUCGGAGGAACAAUUGUUUUAGGUUUCCUUUGUUCCCUCCCAGCUGGCCGGAUGCGGCGUGCCGCAGGGAUUCCGCGUC